AUGUUUUGGGGAUGUAUGGGAUGGCCAGGAACUGGGUAUGGCUGCAAGGUAGAAGGAUCAUUCAAUAAGGAGGUUUACAAGGAGAUUUUGGGGGACAAAUUCACAAGGAGCCUGAAGCACCUGGGGAUGAAAGCAAGGGAGGUUAUAUAUAUGCAUGAUAAUGCACGCCCCCACAAGGCAAAAGCGCCCACCAAAUGGCUCAAAAACCAUGAAGUCAAGUGCCUUGAGUGGCCUGCAAACUCUCCCAAUCUUAAUCCCAUCGAAAACUCAUGGGCUGAGCUUAAACAACGCCUAGGCAAGUACAAGGAGGUACCUAAUGGGAUGCUUGAGUUGUGGGAGCGGGUUCAGGUGGUUUGGGAUGAAUUUGCGCCAGAAUACUGUCAGAAACUAAUUGAAACUAUGCCAAGACGCAUGGCUAUGGUUUUGGAGAGAAAGGGGAAGUCCAUUCCUUAUUAA